GACCAGGUACAGCAGACCCCCCACACAUUUGCCAUCACAGGCAGGGCAUGCAAACCCCAGCCCUGUCAGCUUGUCUCCCACACCCAGCCCCAAAAAGCUGUGUUGCUGUUAAAGAGCAAAAGCUAAAGCUAAAAUACGCCAAGGAAGGGGCACCAAGGCAGCUGAGAGGGGAAGGAGGACUGGGCAGUGGUGAGAGCAGCAGCAGCCUGCGUGGGAAAAGCUUGAGCACACCAUGGGGACAGCUGGGGCCCAAGAGGAAGGAGCCCAUGCAUACCACAGUGCCACUCAACAUCCCCUGCACGGUGUUGCAACGCACUCCCUGUUGUGCUUGGACACAUGCCCAUGUUUGCUCUGGAGCCACUGUUCCCAAAGCAUAACCCCCUUGCUGGGGCUGCACCAGCUCACAAUGACGCAGGUGGCCCAAGUCCAGUGGUGACCUGGCCCCAAGGCAGGGGCAGUGGCCACUGGUUUCCGGAGCUGGGCAGUGCCUCUGCCCCAGGGUGGGGAUUAGUAGAUGGGUGUCAGCCAAGGUCAGGGCCAAGGGCCCUAGUUUGGCCUUGGAGACAUGCCCUGGACCAGCUACAGCUCCAUCGCUGUGGCUCCUUUCCUCCCAGCACCAUCUUUCACGUCCCACUGGCCCCAUUCCCCUCCAUGCACUGUGGAUGUGCUAGGGCUGUUCCUCAGCACUUCUGUCCUCACAUUUGCCUUUAGGUGACAUGUCUCAGCCCAAUGCAGCAGCAUCGAGGCAACACAACAUUCCACCAGCUCUCAUGUGCAUGCCCAGCCUGCUGCAGCCUCUGUGGUGCAAAAGCAAGCCGGAUCCGUGCCCACCAGCAGCUGCAUGGCAUGGCGGUACCACUGCAUCGCAUGGUGUUACCUCCUCAAACAAUCAUGGUAGUGCCCAGCCUCAGCAGCAGCAGCAGGCACCCGCUGGUGUCCAGUGGGGAGCAUUAAGCAGGGUUUUGUGAGUGAUGAGCCCUGCAGGAAGCAUGAGGAUGUUUUCCUUGGGUGUGUAUAAACACAAAGGAGCUGCUCCAGGCACACCAUGCCAUGAAUGAUCCCCCAGGCACUGGCUUCUAGCCAAGAAGCACUAGAAAAAACAGCAAAGUGAGCCCAGCAGCAGACCACAACUCCCUCCAGGACAUGAGAGCUGGCAGCAACCGAGGCUGGGUGUUGCACUCACUUUUCCUCCACACUCCUGCCAAAAAGCAGCCAAUACCACUGGGCAUCAUGUGUGGUGUUACCUUCUGCUUAGGACACAGAGGCAGCAACAGCCCAACCGUGGGGCUGAAGGGGCCUCUCUGCUCUCCAGUGAAUCUCCAUGGGGCCAGGAGCCUCGCUGCAGCCCAAAGCCUGCACCCCAGCAGCAUGAGCACGCAUUCACCCAAGACCGAGCGUGGAGCCCAAUGUGUUGCAAAGCAAACACCACCUUUCCACUCCCACGCACAUUCUACAUCUGUAGCGAUGUUCCUGCGUCCAUUGCUAAUCUGUAAUUCAGAGGGUUCCAGACCAAACAAAGGCAGCCACCCCCAGCCCUACAGCAUUUGAGGACGGCAGCAUUUCCCCAGGGAACAGGCAGCACCCACCGCACUGCCAGGGGGGCUUCACUAGCCAAGAGCACACAGCUUGAUCCUGCUUAUAGAGGGGGGCAGGGAGGUGUGAUGUUUGCUCAGGACCCCCCCGAAGGGCAGAGCUCUACCUGUUUUGGGGCAGACAGUAGGCCAAGAGUGAGCCUGGGACAUGGACACUCAGGGCAUGUACUGACACUGCCUCAGCUCUGGCUGAUGUCACAGUUCCCUCUGGAACAUCGCAAAUUGUUGGGUAUUCUGCCCAAGCCUACUCAGUGGGAAGCCAAGCUCCCUUUCCCAAGGAGGGCCGUGCAGGAGGUCACAGGCAGGUGGGAUGGGGUCUUCCCUGGAUGAGGACUCUCUGGGGACAGGGACUUGCUCCCCAGUGUCUUCCCUGCAUGAAUGCCACCAGGAUGAACUGAGGCUGAGGUCUGUAAGCAGCUUCUCCUCCACUACCAUCAGCUCCUUCGUGAGUGAGGACCUGGGGCUGAGAACAGGACCAGUUGUGAUUGAUAUGGGCACAAGGAGCUGCAGAGCAGGAUUUUCUGGACAUCAGACACCCAGUGCUGAAAUCAGCACCCUGGUGAGCCACACCACAGUGUGGUCCGAGGGCCUGGAAGAAACCAGAUCUGAGGCUUUUAUUGGGAAGGAAGCCUUGUUUUACCCAGACACUGAAAUUGUUGAGGUGAUGCAGAAUGGCAUCAUCAUCAACUGGGAGGCAGCUGAAACCCUGUGGCAGCACAUGUUCGAGCACAAGCUUGGGGUGCCCCCUGAGGAGCAUGCGCUGCUCAUCACGGAGCCCCCACUCAGCCCCACCAGUGGACGGGAAAAUGUGGCAGAGAUGGUCUUUGAGUCACUGGGCUCCCCUGGCAUCUUUAUGGCCCCUCAGCCCAUCCUUUCCACCUAUGCCCAUGGCAGAACCAGUGCUUUGGUGGUAGACAUUGGCCAUGUCAUCACCCACAUUGUGCCAGUUCAUGAUGGGAACUGCUUGGCUUAUGCCACCAAGAGGACGGAUGUGGCAGGGUCGUGCCUUACCUGGUACCUGACAAUGCUUCUGGGGGACAUGGAGCACACGCUUGGAGAUUGGAUGUCCCCCGUGGCGGAAGACAUCAAGCACACAUGCUGCUAUGUUGCUUUCAACUUCGAUAAUGAGUGUCUCCUCCCACCCACCAGCUGCACUCUGGAUUUUGCCCUGCCCGAUGGCCGGACCAUCAGCCUCGGCAAGGAGAGGUUUCAGUGCCCAGAGGUGCUCUUCAACCCUCUACCGAUGUGGGGGGAUUCCUACGUGGGCAUCCACAAGAUGGCCCAGAGAAGCCUUGACCUGCUUCCAGAGGACAUCAGGUCAGUGAUGCACAGAAACAUCCUCUUGUGUGGAGGGUCCUCGCUGUUUGAGGGGCUGCCGAGGAGGUUUGGCAGUGAGCUGGUUCAAUGCCUGCCCCAUGGCACCGAGGUGGAGGUGAUGGCUGUGCCAGGACGGAGGCACGCGGCCUGGAUGGGGGGCUCUGUCCUUGCCUCCCUCACGAACUUCCAGUCGUGCUGGAUCCGCAGGGACGAGUACUAUGAAGAGGGGCCAUGCAUCAUCCACCAGAAGUGCUUCUGAGGCAAUGCCCUGCAAUGAGCAUUUGCUUGAUUUUCUCACUGCUACAGGCCACGCAGCAGGAAGCGGUAAUAAAAUAUUUUAUUCUAUUAAGAACCAUCAUCUCCCCAGCCUUGCAGCUUAACCAGUUGAGGGGAUUUGGUAAAUCCCAGACACGGGGAUGAGGCAGCAGUGCUGUUCCCCACGGACACAUCACCCACCAAGGAGAAAGAAGCAGCCUCAAGGCCAGCAGGGACCAAGGCUCUGAGGUGGCACCAAACCUGCCCUGAGUCCCCUGGUCCCUCAUCCCCAUCCAUACCUGCUGCCUCACUCCUCCAUCCCCGUUCCCACAACUUGCCAGGCGCUGACUCCUUGUGCAGCACUGAGGUGACAUUGCCACCCCCAGCAGGGAUGGAUGGGUCUGGUGGCCUCCCACAGCAGCUCAGGAUCCUCUGCUCCCAGAGCUUCACACUGUGCUUUGCACAAGAGCCGUUCCCUUGGGGCUGCAGUUCCUGCACCCAGUAAAGGUCUUCUGCUCCCCAUGCAACCCCACAGUACAUCCUGCCUUUGCGAUCAAUUCCAACAGCAGCAUGCUGGCCACAGACACGUAUAUUCAUGCAAAAAACAGGUGCUCAGAGCAGCCCAACACAGCACAAAUCA